GUUCUCCAAAAUGAGCAAGAAGCACCAGGAGGAGUUACUCAACCAUGAAAAUGAGGUGAUGACACUGAAGAAGAGCGUUGAGAGGCUGGAGGUUACUUUGAGGGAUAAGCAGAGGCUCCUGGAGCACCAAACAACAGAGAGCGACUUGCUAAAAAACAGACUGGAGAAGAAGAUUGGGGAGCAAGCUUCUGUGUUCGCGGAGUCUGAGGCAGAGAGGCACACACAACAAAAGAAGCGCAAAGCUGAGCUGGAUCUGGUGCAGGCACAGAUUGAGCACCUUCGUAACCAGCUGCUGAUGAUGUUACCCACUGAACCCUCUGACUCCACUUCCCAUGAUGCCUUGUCAGACCAGCAGGUAUUAGAGCAGGUGGCAGAGCUGCUAGGAGAGAGAGAGAGCCUGAUGAGUAAAAUAGAGGAGCUGGAAGGACAACUGAAGGAGCUCAUGACUGAACAGGAGGGGGCAGCAGAGGACACAGAGAGACUGAAGAGUAGGCUGGAGACCUGUCAGGAGGCAUGCUCGGCAAAUGCACUGGAGAAGGCCAUGACCUCACUACAGGAGGAGAGUGUGUCUCCAGCUCUGGCCUGGGUCAAGGCUUCAGUCCUCUCCAUAAUGGCUACCCAGCUCCCACUGCUUCAGAGUGCCACCCAGGCACUACUGGAAGCUGGGAUAGAUGCUUCACAUCCCACUGAAGGAGUCCUGAGUGGCAUCAGAACCCUGGUCAAUGAGCAUCAGGGAUACAAAGUGGAGCUUCAGCGUUUGAAGAUAGACCUGGAGGAGCUCCAGGAGAGAGAAGCAAAGUCCAGAGAGCUGCAGGAGCUUCUGAGCAUUACCAGAGAGGAGCUGGUGCAGCAGAGACAGCAGAUGACUGUGGCACAGCAUGAAGAAGAGGCCAGGAAGAAGGAGUUGGAGGAGCUAAAGGGGGAGUUGGAGGCACUCAGACAAGCCCAGACUAAACUGCAGCAGGAGGCACAGACCCAGGAGGCCGAGUGGUGCACCAGGCUGGAGGAGGCGGGCAGGAGGGAGGAGGAGUGGCAGGAUAAGAUGAAGGAGAUCUUGGAGGAGGAGAAGGAGCGCUACAGGGUCUGGGAGGCCGAGUACAGGGAGCAGGUGCGGCAGCACGCACACACCAUCGUGGCCCUGGAGCAGCGCUGGGUCCAGAGCAGACAGAGAGCCCAGGAGGUGGAGAGGGAAGCGCUGAUUGGACAGCUGAGAGCGUUGGAGGGGAAUCUGGAGAGUAGUAGGCCUGUGAUGAGUACCAGUCCCCUGGAGACACAUACUAAACAGGCCUCAGAGGUAGCAGCCCUGGAGGGUAAUAUCACUUCGCUCAGGUAA